CGUGCUAUGGAGAUAAUAUUACGAAAACAACAUCUUCAUAUUAUCUUACCAGUAUUGAUAGCUUUUGGAAAAUAACAAAUUGUUUAUUGACUAUUAGUUGAACACCCUUCGUAGGCGAAGAACCUGCUCUCUUCAUCUGACCUACUCCAGCCAAGCUGCCCAUUGAAGCAUCCGUAGGAAGAAACAUAAUCAAGCUGGCUUCAGAUGAGGAUAUACGCUUCCCUCAUCCCUAUGGAGGAGGGCAAAUGGGCACGGAGGCGCAGGCUUACGUACCACAGCAGGAUAUGCUGGGAACUCAUAGUGAACGAGAUGUGAUUCCUCUCAGAAGUCAACUGCAAUCGUAUACCAGGAAUGGCCAGAUAUUCCUUGAUAUUGCCGUGAAGCCUGAAAGGACACACAGAGCUCGUUACAACAUAGAGGGCAGCAGGGGAGUUAUCAGAGAUGAAACUGGAAUUUCACAUCCUGUUAUCAGAUUGAAUGGUUACAAUAGACCAGCGAAGCUUCUUGCGUUUAUUGGAACAGGGAGUGGGGAUGUGGCUCCCCACCCGUACUACCAGGCCUGUUAUACGAGGAACUACACUGUCUGCGCAGUGAGAGAGAUCGAAAACACUGUAGUGUUGGAGAUGAAUUUUCAUCCAGAUGAUCAGAUGACUGUGAGUGUCGAUUGCAUGGGGAUAAUCAAGCUAAGGAAAUACGAUGUGGAACAAAGAAUGCAUGCUAGCGGUGUGCCUGUAGGCAUCAGAGCCCCCCGAAAAUCGUCAAAAGCUCGUUUGGUUUUUAGAACUACAAUCAUGCAUCCAGACGGCUCUUGCGAAACCAUACAGAUUGCUUCUGACUCUAUUGAAUGCACUCAACAAAUGUCUCUUCCCGAACUCUUGACAAUGUCAUGGAGAUCUUGUCCAGCUAACGGAGGCUUAGAACUAUUCAUGAUUGGGACGAACUUCUCGAGCGACUGUAAAGUAGUAUUUUAUGAGGGCGACGAAACGAAUAUGACAUGGAGAGUCUACGUCUAUCCAAUCAGAGAGUUCUUUCACAGGUGUCACCUGGUGUGCGUUGUGCCUCCGUACCUGCGCACAGACAUCACAGAGCCAGUCCAGGUGCGAGUGGUAGUCGAGUGCGCUGGCAACAAGAGCACGGAUCCACAGCCUUUCGCAUACACUCCGGUGGUCGGAUUUCUGCCCAACUCACCCAUUUGCCGACCUUACCCCCACCAAACAGAUUUCAUGGAUAUAUAUCUCAUACAAGUAAGAUGCAAGAGCGAGGACUGCCAGUGUGGUGGUUCACAGUUUACAUUAGGUACCUUAUUGAGGGGCUCAACACCUUACCAUCCUAUACUGUUAUGGACUUCCAAGCCUGGAGACAUUCAAUCGCCUCCAUCGACAGCAACUAUAGAACGCCUGACCAUUCCUCCCACACCUCUAUUCAUAGAUCGCACGAGAUUUACCCUACCAAUGCGUCUUUCAACCUUGCUUGAGGCUAAAGAUGAAUUGGUGAGAAAAAGACGAGAAAAUGCUCUGCUCAGAUCUUCAUUGGUUGGUGCUUCAACCUCCCCUGAAAGGCCCACUCCUGGUGAAGGUUAUCAAGAGAUUCCAAAGAUAUGCCAUGACAAGGCAGUACAAACACAUUUUCCACCAGAUCGACCAAGAAAAAGUCGGUCAGCAACGUCAAGACAUUUUUCACCAGAUCAACCAGGUAAAAGUCGGUCAGCUACGUCAAGACAUUUUUCACCAGAUCAACCUAGAACAAGUAGAGCAGCUAUGCAGCCAUAUUUUCCACCAGAUCAACCUAGUACGAGUAAAGCAGCAAUACAAUCAUAUUUUCCACCAGAUCAACCUAGUACGAGUAAAGCAGCUAUGCAGCCAUAUUUCCCACCAGAUCAACCAAGCACAAGUAGAGCAGCUAUACAGCCAUAUUUUCCACCAGAUCAACCAAGCACAAGUCAAGCAGCUAAGCAGCCAUAUUUACCACCAGAUCAAUCAAGCACAAGUCGAGCAGCUAUGCAGCCAUAUUUCCCACCAGAUCAACCAAGCACAAGUAGAGCAGCUAUGCAGCCAUAUUUCCCACCAGAGCAAACUCUUACAAGUACAUCAACAGUAGGAAUGCAACCAUACUUUCCACCAGAUCAACCAAGGACAAAAGAAGCAGCAACGCAAACAUAUGGUCUACCAGAUCAACCAAGUACAAGUAGGUCAGCUAUUCAAAUGCAUUCUGCACCAGAGCAACCACAUACCAGAAGAGCAAUGCAAAUGCAUUCUGCAUCGGAUCAACCAAGUACCAGUAGAUCAGCUAUUCAAAUGCAUUCUGCACCAGAUCAACGACAAACCUUAAGAGCAUUGCCAAUGCAUUCUGCACCAGAGCAACCAAUUACCUUAAGAGCAUUGCUAAUGCAUUCUGCACCGGAUCAACCAAGUACCAGUAGAUCAGCUAUUCAAAUGCAUUCUGCACCAGAUCAACGACAUACCAGAAGAGCAAUGCGAAUGCAUUCUGAUCCGGAUCAACCAAGUACUAGUAGAUCAGCUAUUCAAAUGCAAUCUACAUCAAAUCAACCACAGACCAGAAGGCCAGUACAUCGAAUACAUUCUGCAUCAGAUUUAUCAAGUACAAGAAAAUCAUCAAUUCAGAUACAUUCAUCACCAGAGCAGUCAGCUACAUCAGAUGAAGAUAAUGAAUUCAUGGAACAUGAACCAAGAAAAGUGAAAAGAUUGAUAGGAUCAAGGAAAAAUAUUUUGAAACAAAAAUCACCCAUAAGUCUCAGAGUCCCUAAAGUCUCAGAAAAUACAGUAGAGCCACCCACAACACAUCAAGAAGCUGUCAGGUCACUGGAUGAUUUUGUAAAUUUGGCAGCUGAAAGACACUUAUCUGGUUCUCAGUCACAUUCGUCAUCAUCAUCAUCAUCGAGCAUCUUGACACCUUACACAUCCCCUGAAAAAGCAGGAAAAUUUGUUUCACCAGAACGCAAACGAAAGUUACCAUCGCCUCCUGCUAAUGUUUCCAAAACUGUACAAGGACCAAUGGAAUUUGCUGUGCAAUUUGCAGAUAUGUUGUUCCCAUUUGAUGAUUCUGAUUCCGAUACUAAUCCUUUGGUUACACCAAUCAAGCAAGUGAAACAAUCAAUUAAUAAAUAUCUAACUGAUAAAUUUGAUUAUUUCUACUACCCAGGAGAUGAAGCGUACAGGAUCUCAACUCCUACAAAUCAGCCUUGGUCAAGUUCUCCUUCUAUUUCCUCUUCAUCUUCAUUCGUUCAUUCAGCUGCAACUUCUCCAGUUGAAACUGAAACAUCUCCUCGUUCAUCAUCAGACAAUCCACAUUUAACUCCAGUAAAGGAUACUUCUUGUCAAGAGACGAAGACUCCGUCUCAAAGCACAAGUCCAGACUUUAUAUCCAGACCAAUGAGUUCCAUGGAUCUAUCUUCUAAGCAGAAAGCAACACCAACCACACCAUCAACACAAGAAUCACUCUUAUCUUCGUUUCAUUCAAAUUCAUCUUUGCAAAAUGUGAGGGAGGGUUUGGACAGCUCUAACAUGGAAGGUAGUGGGGAAACAGAGGCAUUCAGUAUUGUCUCAGCACUGGAGAUUGCAGAGGGUGGAGCUGCAGGUUUCCACAAUCAGCCAACUGCAUCCAACUUGGAAAAAAGUACUUCUCAUAACAAUCAAACGACAUCAAUGGAUACUGAAGUUGGAAAUGAAGACUUAGCAUCAAUUCCGGAACCAGCUUCAACAUUCUCUCUAUUAAGUUAUCAGAAAGAGCCAUCAGCAGGAGAAGGAGACCAAUCAAUGCAGCCAGGGACAGCAUCUAACACACUGACAGAAGGCAGUUCAAGUUCUUCAUCUUCAAUUCACCACCCUUGCCUGUAUUCGAGAAGUCCCUUGCCUGAGAUUACAGGUUUGGAUGAGAAAUAUUUUGAUGAGCUGAUGCCUAUGGAGGAGGAUAGAGAGACAACAAGUGCUGAGAUAGCUCGUACUGCAGUGAGUGAACCAAUUGAUUUCAGCUCACUGCCUUCUUCUAGCUCAAUGCAUUAUAAUGUUGCAUCGUUUCCUCGCGGUAGCCACAGUGGAGUAGACAUGCCAGCACAAAUUACUCCUGGGCCAAUGUCUUCAAGUCCCCAUACUCCUGUCCCAUUUAUAAACCCCAGUCAAAAUGAGCCUGAUAAUAGACCUGAAGAGACUGAGCACUUACAAACGAAUAAUCCUAGAAGCAGUAGUAACAUGCCUUAACCAAAUAACUGACAACUACCUAAUGAUUUCCACGCAGUGAGCUAGUUACAUCAAAAUUAUUGAUAAAAAAAAACAAUAAUUUUGAUACAGAAACUUUUCUUCAUUAAGGGAAAAAAUAAUUUGAAGUAAUAAACUUCAUAUUAGUUAUAAUUGACAUAUACUUUUCUAUUGUGUAGUUUACUACUAAUAAAAAAUAAUACAAAAUUUAAUAAAUAUUAACAAAAAAAUUAUUUCUAUAAUCUGAAUAGAAUGAGUUGAGACUUGGACAAAAUAUCGUUAUUGCGUAAUUGUGAUCUUCACAUAAAACCCCCAUAUGACAACCCUACAUUGACUAUGAUGUAAAAGAUAAUAUGGGCUUGUAUGUGAACUUUAUAAUUUCACACAAUUCGGCAACGUGAAUAUAUUGCUCAAGUCUCAGCUUGUUUUAUUCAGAGUAUAUUAUAAAAACGUUUGAACGUUUCACUUUCAAAAGUGAUGAAUUGGGUUUUUAUGUAUUGUAGACCAGUUAAACUGUUUUAUAAUUAAUUGAAUAAAAAGUUUUAAUUAUGUA